UGUACGUAGGUUGUGUUGGUUCGCUUAAGCCACACCUUCACAGUUCACAGCAGUUACUAACCAGGAAGCCACUAAUAUAGCACUAGCUUUGAAAAAGACAUUCACUUCCACAUGCAGGGCAAGGGAAUUCAGCACAUUAGCACUAUGAAUAAGAGGAAGUCCAAUGUCCAGAAUGUGGUCAAACCCAACAAAACCCCCAGGACAGAGGACACAGCAUAUGUCCAGGAUGAGGAUGAAGAUGAGGAAGAGGGGGGGGUUCAGCAGGAGCACUCUGUUUCUGCCUCGAGUGCUGGAGAUAUCGGUGUAAUUGAGAGCAUCACUUUGAAGAACUUUAUGAGUCACCAUUUGCUCGGCCCUUUCCAGUUUGGACCAAAUGUGAAUUUUAUCGUUGGGAACAAUGGAAGUGGAAAGAGUGCUAUUCUCACAGCACUUAUUGUGGGCCUGGGAGGAAAAGCAACUACAACCAAUAGAGGAGCAUCUCUGAAGAGUUUUGUAAAAUACGGGGAAAGCUCUGCAGAAGUAACAGUAAAAUUGCGCAACAGAGGGAGCGAUUCUUACAAAGGCGAAGUAUAUGGAGACUGCAUCUCAGUUGAGCAGCGGAUAACAAGCGAUGGUUGCAGGACUUGCAAAAUCAAGAACAAAGCAGGUCACAUUAUCUCCACCAAGAAAGAAGAGUUAACAGCCAUACUGGACCAUUUUAACAUACAGGUUGACAACCCAGUCUCAAUCCUAAAUCAGGAAAUGAGUAAGCAGUUCUUGCAUUCAAAAAGUGAAGCAGAUAAGUACAAGUUUUUCAUGAAGGCAACUCUGCUAGAGCAGAUGAAAAGAGAUUACAUCCACAUAAAGCAGACCAAAGCUGUAACACGGGACCAAGUGGAAAGGCAGGAGGAGUGUCUUAAAGAUCUCAGACAGUUGUUUUUAAAAAAGAAAGAAAAGUAUGAGAGUUUGUCGGCACUUGAAAAAAUGAAGCAGUCUUUGGAGGAUCUGAAGAAGAAGAUGGCAUGGUGUCUGGUAAGAGAGAAGGAGUGGCAAGUACAGCAGUUGAUGGAUGAAAUUGAAAAAGAAAAGAAUAAUAGUGUACAUGAGGAAAAGCUUCUGCUCUGCCAGACCAAAGUUACCCUUGCUGACAAGAGAGUGCGGGAUAUCCAACAGAAACUUGGGAAGGUAAAAGAGGAGGAUGAAGGUCUGGCGGAAACAGGUCGAAAACUGAAAGAAGAUGUCAAAAUCAAGAGUAAGGCUCAAAAAAGCCAGGAGGUGGUGUACUUCCGUGCUGAGAAUAAACUGAAACAACUAGAAAAGGAGCAGUGCCUUCUUCAGGAGAGAAUUCACAAAAUCAAUAAUAGCAGUGUCAGAAGGAAUCAUGAGUCCGAACACUCACAGCGGAUAAAGAAAAUGAGUGCUUUGAAGAAGCAGCUGGAAAAGCUUGAGUCGGAGUCUACAGCACUUAAUCAGGAAAUCAAAGAGAAGCAGCAGGCACUUUUUAAAGGAAGGGAAGAAUACGAUAAGCUGAGCAUGGAAGAAAAAAACAUCCAGGUCUCUCUGGAAACCAAAUUGAAGAGGAGAAACCAGCUCACAGCCAGCAGAUCCAAUAGGUUGAGGCGAUUCGGUGAUCGUAUGCCAGAGCUGUUGGAGGCUGUCAAUAGAGCACAUGCUCAGGGACGGUUCAUUAAGAAGCCAGUUGGACCAAUAGGUGCAUGCAUCAGCCUUAAGGAUCCAAGUUUAGCUGUGGCAGUGGAGAGUUGCUUACGGGGUUUCAUGAAAACCUUUUGCUGCGACAAUUACAAGGAUGAAAAAGUCUUACAAGAACUGAUGUCUUCCCACUUUGCUAGAGGCAGCAGACCACAGAUAAUGGUGUGCCCUUUCACAGACUCUGUUUACAAUGUUCAACACCGACGUGUGCACCACCCAGAGUUCCCAUCAGUUUUGGACAUCCUCUUGGUUGACAACCCUGUGAUAAUUAACUGCCUGAUAGACAUGAGGAGCAUUGAAUGUAUUCUUGUUAUCAAAAACACAGCUGUUGCAAGGAGAGUUAUGCAAGGAGGAAGGCCUCCAAGAAAUUGUCGGGAGGUUUUCACUGCAGAUGGCGAUCAAGUGUUUACCAAUCGCUGUUACACUCCGGACCAGGAAGUUAUAGUCAAAUACCUUGGUGGGGACCCAGAGGCAGAAAUUCGUAUGGUGCAGUCAGAAGUGGAAAACCACCAGGCCCAGCUGUCCAGGUUUCAACUACACUUAAGUUCUGUGAAGCAGGACAUUCAGUCCAUGGAAGAGAAGCUGCGUGGGGUUUUUAUGGCAUGCAAAAGAAAUCAGGAAACCAUAACUCGUGUUAAAGCAUCCAUAACUGAACUUGAAAACAUUGAGGAAUCUCAAACAGAAGACAUCAGUUCUUUGGAAGAAGAUGCACAAGAAAAUGAGCAGAAGAUCGAGUUAGAGAGAAAAAAUGUAGAAGAGGCGCAUGCUGAACUGGAACAGCACAACAAAGCUCUCCUGGAACUCGAUCAGAAAUACAAGGAUGUGAGAAAUAAAAGGGAGAAGCUUGCAGAUGAAACGGAGCAGUUAAAGGAGGACCAAGUGAAAGCUGAGGCUGAGUGCAGUAAACUUGAACAAACCCUCAAGAUCUUGGAAAAGAAACUCAAGGGACAUCAGGAUAAUAUUCAGUCCAUGAGAGUUGAACUUGCUGCUAAAGAAUUGGAGAAGGAGGAUUUUGAAGAAAAAGCCAAAGAAAUCUGUCCUAUUUCUCAAAUACCCGAUCGGAGUGCCAAGAGCAUUGACACAGAGAUCACGCGACUGCGGGAAAAGAUCAGCUCACAAGAGAGCACACAUGGCAACCAGGAGCAAGUGAUUAGGGAGUAUGCAGAGGCUCACGGUAAUUACAAAAACAAAUCUAGCCAAUUACGAGACCUGAAGAGAUUCAUUGAUCGCCUGGACAACAUCAUGACUGACAGGCAGGCUCGAUAUAAAACCCUGAGAAGAUCCCUCUCUGUGAGAUGCAAGUUAUACUUCAACAAUUUCCUAAUUAAGCUGCACUGCUGCGGGUCCAUGAUGUUUGAUCACAACAAUGAAACCCUCUCCAUUUCAGUGAAGCCUCCCGGUCAAGAGAAGGACAACAUCAAUGACAUGCGCUCUCUGUCUGGUGGAGAACGCUCUUUCUCCACUGUUUGCUUCAUUCUGUCUCUGUGGGAAAUCACUGAAUCGCCCUUCAGGUGUCUGGACGAGUUUGAUGUCUACAUGGAUAUGCACAAUCGUCGAAUCUCACUGGAUCUUCUUCUGGAGCUCUCUGAACGCCAGCAUCUACGACAGUUCAUUUUCAUCACCCCACAGACCACCAGCAGUCUGCCAAGCAGCUCUCAUAUUAAAAUCCACCAGCUUCAAGAUCCAGAGAGAGAAAGCGAGGAGGCUUUGCCUUAGACCCUGCCAAAAGAUGUGACUGCAGUGAACUUUGUUGGAGAAUUUGAAGGCAAUAUGUUUUAUAGUUUUUAUACAGUUAUUUUCAUACUAGUUAUACUUCUAGUUGUAUAGUGUUCUAUCUCUGCUGUCAGUUCAAAAGUAUCAAAACCAAAAUUACACAGAAAAAAAGAAGGCUCUGUGAAAAGGCAGGUGUGUUGUUUCGUUUGUGCUCUGUGAUUAGGAUCUCCUUUCGUAUGACCUGCUAGUUUCCUGUUCUAGGAAGUUACUCCUCUAUAGAAGGCAUGCUUACAAAUCCUAAGCAACAUGUAACCAGUAACCCUCAUUCCUCUUGGUUCUUUGAGAUUUGCUUUUCGUUUUCAAGCUUCACACAGCCAAACACACACCUUAUGUUCUGAAAACAGCCCAUAGACAGUUUAUUGAUUUGAAUCACAAUGUUGUCAGUGCAACGUUACAUACUGAGUUGAAGACAUGCCACAAAUAAAACACAAACAUCAUAUUACACAAUCAAAUGA